AUGGACCGGAAGGUGGCCCGAGAAUUCCGGCACAAGGUGGAUUUUCUGAUUGAAAAUGACGCCGAGAAGGACUACCUCUAUGACGUGCUGCGGAUGUAUCACCAGACUAUGGAUGUGGCUGUGCUUGUGGGAGACCUGAAGCUGGUCAUCAAUGAGCCCAGCCGCCUGCCGCUGUUUGACGCUAUCAGGCCCCUGAUCCCGCUGAAGCACCAGGUGGAGUACGACCAGCUGACACCCCGGCGCUCCAGGAAGCUGAAAGAGGUGCGCCUGGACCGUCUGCACCCCGAAGGCCUGGGCCUCAGCGUGCGGGGGGGCCUCGAGUUCGGCUGCGGGCUCUUCAUCUCCCACCUCAUCAAAGGCGGCCAGGCAGACAGCGUCGGGCUGCAGGUAGGGGACGAGAUCGUCCGGAUCAAUGGGUACUCCAUCUCCUCCUGCACCCAUGAGGAGGUCAUCAACCUCAUCCGCACAAAGAAGACUGUGUCCAUCAAAGUGAGACACAUCGGCCUGAUUCCUGUGAAGAGCUCUCCUGACGAGCCCCUCAAAUGGCAGUAUGUGGAUCAGUUUGUGUCAGGAUCUGAGGGCGGGCGGAACAUUCUGGGCUCCCCAGGGAGUCGAGAAAACAGGGAGAAGAAGGUCUUCAUCAGCCUGGUGGGCUCCAGGGGCCUUGGCUGCAGCAUUUCCAGCGGCCCCAUUCAGAAACCAGGCAUCUUCAUCAGUAACGUGAAGCCUGGCUCCCUGUCUGCCGAGGUGGGGUUGGAGGCAGGGGACCAGAUUGUCGAAGUCAAUGGCAUCGACUUCUCCAACCUGGACCACAAGGAGGCCGUGAACGUGCUGAAGAGUAGCCGCAGCCUGACCAUCUCCAUCGUAGCUGGAGCUGGCCGGGAGCUGUUCAUGACGGAGCGGGAGCGGCUGGAAGAGGUGAGGCAGCGUGAGCUGCAGCGGCAGGAGCUCCUCAUGCAGAAGCGGCUGGCUAUGGAGUCCAAUAAGAUCCUGCAGGAGCAGCGGGAGAUGGAGCAGCAAAGGAAAAAGGAAAUUGCCCAGAAGGCAGCGGAGGAAAAUGAGAGAUACCGGAAGGAGAUGGAACAGAUCGUGGAGGAGGAAGAGAAGUUCCAGAAGCAGUGGGAAGAAGACUGGGGCUCCAGGGAACAGCUGCUCUCCUCUAAGACCAUCAGCGCCGAGAUGCACCCAGUGCCCCUUCGCAAACCAAAGUAUGGUCAGAGAGUGGAGCCCGAGCUUGAGCCUGCCGACGACGACGGGGACAGAGGCACGGAGGAGCAGGGAGAGCAGGAUUUCCGGAAAUAUGAGGAAGGCUUUGAUCCCUACUCCAUGUUCACCCCAGAGCAGAUCAUAGGGAAGGAUAUCCGGCUCCUGCGCAUUAAGAAGGAGGGAUCCUUGGACCUGGCCUUGGAAGGCGGUGUGGACUCCCCAAUCGGCAAGGUGGUUGUCUCGGCUGUUUACGAGGGCGGAGCUGCUGAGCGGCAUGGCGGUCUUGUGAAAGGAGACGAGGUCAUGGCAAUCAAUGGCAAAAUCGUGACGGACUACACGCUGGCUGAGGCUGAGGCUCUCCUGCAGAAGGCUUGGAAUCAGGGGGACUGGAUCGACCUUGUUGUUGCUGUCUGUCCCCCAAAGGAGUAUGAUGACGAGCUGACCUUCUUCUGA